UAGAACUAGGAAGGAAUCAGUUUUUUCUCGAAUCAGAAAAAAAAAGAGGAAGGUUAAUCACGUCACGUCCAUAUAAAAUGCCCUCCCCCCUCGCGCCUCAAGCCCUCCACCGUCGGCGGUGGAAGCCAUUGGCAGGCGCACACUAGCUCGAUCAGCCUGCCCCCAAAACUCAGAGGAGAGCAGGGGAAGGCCUGCCGGGGCUAUGGGCAACACCGGGAGUAGAUCUCCUGCAAGCUUAGGAAAAUCUCAUGUUCCAGAUUUAGAAUGGAAAAUUCAUGACUUCUCAGCCCUACUUGAGACAGGAGCUAAGUCAGCAAAAUCUUCUCAUUUUCACUACUCCGGGUACAAGUGGUUCCUGAAAGUGAUACCAAUGCAUAAAAAACCUGGCGCUGAAACUCCAUAUGUUAGUCUUUGUCUUAAGCUAGGCUCGAAAACCCUGGAGCCGUGUGACACGGUAAAUGCGGUGUUUGAGUUAUCAGUAUACAAUCGUGCAAAGAGGGUGUAUUGUGGACGCAGAGCUAGCCACAACUUUGAUUUGAACAAUACACUCUCGAAGAAUGAAUGUUUGAUCCCUCUUCAGGAGCUACUAAAAUCAUCUGCUUUUCUAGUUGAUGAUAGCUGUGUCUUUGGUGUUAAGAUAUUGGAAAUUAAAUUAUUUUCUACUGAAAAGAAGGCUGCUGUGGUUCCGAAGAAGGUUACCACAGUACAGAACCUUUUUAUCCAGAAGAAAGGGCUCAUCAAAGGGACCUACACCUGGAUCAUGGACAACUACCACGAAUUGGACUCGAAGUACUUUGUUUGUUCUCCUACAUUCGAAGUUGGUGGACAUAAAUGGCAUGUUGGUAUGUAUCCGCAUGGUCGCAGAAACAUCACCAACCAUGUCUCCUUGUUCUUAUACCUGGAGUCCUCGGAUAAGCUCUGUGACGAGUCUGGGAAGGUAGUUGAAUUGACUCUAUCCAUCCUGGACCAAAAGAACGGGAAACACUCCACCAUAACUUCAGGUCUCUUGGUGUUUGGAGGUGAAAGCAGCCGGGGAUGGUCCAAGUUCCUUACAGUAAAAAAAUUCAAGAAUCCGUCGAGAGGCUAUGUUGUAGGAUCAAGAUGUGUCGUCAAGACAGAUUUCACUAUCGUUGGCUCAUCCAAUGAUGGAUAGAUCGUUAGCUCAUGGCCCUUGCAUCCUAAGUUAGUCCAAAAUGGAGUCACUUAUUUUAGGGCGGAGGAAGUACUUGCUAGUAUUAUGUCAUACUGUGUUUAUUUCCUUUUUUUUCAUAUAUUGUUUUGGUAGCAGUACUAACACGAUCAUCCUAUGGUGCUAAGGACGAACUUAAGCUCUGGAAGUUGAGAACAUGCAAGUUUAAUUUUGGACAAUGCGGUGUUUGAAAGUACUUCAAUAUGGCACGGAUGAUGCAAUUAUUUUGGUUGGCUUAUUACCGCUCUACUUAAUUUUC